UCUGGCUCACUGGCAGGGUUUGUUUACUGGCGGAGAGGCUGGGAAGAAGGGGGAUCCUACAGGACCUGGGAGACUAUACAAUCUACCUCUGUCUGUGGAAGAAGAAAAAGAGAAAAAAAAAAAAAAAAAACUAGAAAACUUUAUCUCAUACAUUUUCUCUCUUUCUGAUACAUGCUUGGGCGUCGUACCGGACAGCUGUGCGGAGCUUGAACGCAACUUGGAGCAUGUGAAUAUUUUUUUUAAUUCCCUAAAUAAUAAUAAAAAAUAAUAAAAAAGGGGAGUCGAGUGCUGCUGAGCCACGACGAAGUCUGUCAGCUUUCCAGAGAGUCUUACUGAAAUCUCUGCACUGACUGAGCAGGACUUGUCGUUUCGGGGGGAACGAGCUGCCCGACGAAAAACACCUUAUUUCACAAGCAAAAAAAAGAAAGAAAAAAGUAACAUAAGUAGGCUGCAGUGUUUUGUGCUCACUGGAGGACUUGGAAGAUUUUUUUUUACGAAAGACACGCUAACGUUACGCCACGCAUGCCACAACCUACCGAGUCAGCAGCAAACGGCUCCUAAAACCUUCUGAAUUAAGUUAAGGGUCGCUUUUACACCGAUUUCCGCGCAUGCAGAUUUUCUGUUUUUGUAAAAGGAAUAUGCAUUACAGCGGUGUGGGUGUGCGUGAGAUUUCUUAAAGUUGAAAUUAAUUGAAGGAGGUUUUGGUGAAAAGCAGCGCAAACUUCGCUUGUGGCCUGGAUUGGAGUGGUGGAGCCAGGCUAGGCUUGGCUAGGCUAGGCUAGCUGCAGCUAGCUAGCACUAACGUUAGCUUCUGCUCGACCCAGCAAGUCAGUGUUUUUUUGCUCUUUUUUUCAUACACGAACAAACUCAACCGGGCCAAUUUAAUUAGCCUGUGCAUAUAAGACACAGUAAAGAACACUCGUGUCCUGUGCUGGUGUGUGUUGACGGUGCUUUUCCAUGAGGUGGCUAACUUUAGCAGCGUUAGCUUGUGUUUGACUGAACACGUUGGACUCGAUUCUCCGCCCAUCUUCCGGGAUGUCUUUUAUUUAUUUUUGUUUACCUGUUGGCCCACGCCGCAAAACAAAACCAAUUUCCUGAAGGUAUUUCUCCUCCAGUUUUGAACUGCCCCCCACCCUAUCCCCCCGCCAAGGAUUAUUGUAUAUUUGACCCGGACUGGUGCUGGAUGGUGUCUUAUCCCGAGUCAGUGAUGUGUCUCCGGACUUUGUGUUUUGUUUUGACCGCUGUCUGCUUUUUGAUGAGCUGUCAUCGAGCGACUGGAGAGGUUUGUCCAAGCAAGGACAUCCGGAACAAUGUGACCAACCUGCAGACGCUCGAGAACUGCACUGUGAUCGAAGGCCACCUGAAGAUCUUACUCAUGUUCAGGACCAAGCCAGAGGAUUUUCGGGGCCUCAGUUUUCCCAAGCUGACGGUGGUCACAGACUAUCUGUUGCUCUUCAGGGUGUACGGCCUGGAGAGUCUCAGCGAUCUCUUCCCCAACCUCACAGUCAUCAGAGGCAACAACUUGUUCUUCAACUACGCCCUGGUGGUGUUUGAGAUGCUCCAGCUGCGAGAGAUCGGCCUCCAUAGCUUGAUGAACAUAACCCGAGGAGCCGUGAGAAUCGAGAAGAACCCGGACCUCUGCUAUCUCUCCACUCUGGACUGGUCCAAGAUCCUGGACUCAGUGGAGGACAACUACAUCAUGGCCAACAAGAACGACCGAGAGUGCGGAGACGUGUGCCCCGGGGCGGCUGUCGGAAAGACCACCUGCCUGACAACAACCAUCAACGGACACUUCAGUGAACGCUGCUGGACGCAGAACCACUGUCAAAGAAUGUGUCCUGUUCAGUGCAAACACCGGGCCUGCACCAAGGACGACCAGUGCUGCCACGACCAGUGCCUGGGCGGCUGCCUGAAGCCGAGCUCGGCCGCUCACUGCGUGGCCUGCCGCGGCCUCCAGCAUGAGGGUAACUGCGUGGAGCGCUGCCCUGAAAACCACUUCACCUACAAGGGCUGGCGCUGCGUCUCCUUCGCCUUCUGCCAGGAUCUCCACAACGGGUGCAAGCGGGAGAAGGAGCGCAGCAAGAGCCCAGACUGCCACGAGUACGUAAUCCACAACGGUGCCUGCAUCCCUGAGUGUCCCUCUGGCUACACCACCGUCAACUCCUCAUCGCUCAACUGCACUCCCUGUGCAGGGCUGUGUCCUAAGGUGUGUAUGGGUCUGAAAACUGUGGACUCUGUCACUGCAGCCCAGGCUCUGAGAGGCUGCACUGUCCUCAAUGGGAGCCUGGUCAUCAACCUGCGUGGAGGAAACAACAUAGCAGCUGAACUGGAGGCCAGCCUGGGCCAGCUGGAGGAGAUCACUGGCUACCUGACAGUGCGACGUUCCUACGCCCUCGUGUCCCUCUCGUUUUUCCGCAAGCUUCGUGUUAUUCGUGGAGAGGAGCAGGAAAUCGGGAAUUACUCCUUUUACGCCCUGGACAACCAGAACCUGCGGCAGCUCUGGGACUGGUCCAAACACAAGCUCACCAUCCUGCAGGGGCGCAUGUUUUUCCACUACAACUCCAAACUUUGCAUGUCCGAGAUCCGCAAGAUGGAGGAAGUGACAGGAACCAAGGAGCGGCUGGUGAAGAACGACAUCGCCUCCAAGACCAACGGAGACCAGGCCUCAUGCGAGAACCGUGUGUUGAAGUUCACCCAGAUCCGAACCAUGAGUGAUAAAAUAAUGGUCAAGUGGGAAGCCUUCUGGCCUCCAGACUUCAGAGACCUGCUGGGAUUCAUGGUGCUUUACAAAGAAGCGCCUUUUCAGAACGUAACCGAGUUUGAUGGACAGGACGCCUGCGGCUCCAACAGCUGGGUGAUCGCCGAUGUGGACCCUCCGCGUCGAGCCACGGAGGGGGACAAAGAGCAGUUUGAACCGGGUCAUCUCAUACUGCCGCUGAAGCCCUGGACACAAUAUGCCAUAAUGGUGAAAACCCAGCUCUCUGCCUCAGACGAGCACCAGGUCCACGGAGCCAAGAGCGAGAUCAUCUAUGUUCGCACCAAUGCCACCAAACCCUCGGUCCCGCUCGACCCUAUCUCCUCGUCCAACUCUUCAUCCCAGAUCAUCCUCAAGUGGAAACCUCCCAAUGACCCCAAUGGCAACAUCACUCACUACCUGGUCUUCUGCCAGCGCCAGCCCGAAGCCAGCGAGCUCUACAAGUUUGACUACUGUCAGAAGGGAAUGAAGCUGCCAUCGCGGGUGCCCACUCAGGUGGACAGUGACGAGGAGCAGAAGUGGAACCAGACAGAGGAGCAGGGCCAGGGGACACGAUGCUGCGCCUGUCCCAAAACCGACAAGGAGCUCAAGAAGGAGAAAGAGGACUCGGAGUACCGCAAAACCUUUGAGAAUUACCUACACAACGAAGUCUUUGAGAUCAAACGCUCGAGACAGCGACGAUCCGUGAUGGGCAUCGCCAACCGAACACACCCCUUCCACACCACCACACCCAGCCCACCCGAGGGCACGCACAGCCCCGACGACGAGGACGAGGAAACCUUUGAAAGCACCAAGACUGUGGUCACCGUCCACGCCAAGGAGUCCACCGUCAUCUCCAGCCUGCGGCACUUCACCAGCUACCAGAUCGAGAUCCAUGCCUGCAACCACCCGACCGACCCGUCCCGCUGCAGCAUGGCUGCAUACGUCAGCGCCCGCACAAUGCCUGAAGACAAAGCAGAUGACAUUGUGGGUCCCAUCCUUUACGAAGUGACAGAAAACACAGUGCACAUCACAUGGCAGGAACCUGUCGCCCCUAACGGCAUGAUCAUCCUGUACGAGGUCAACUACAAGAGACUGGGAGACUCUGAGGAGCUGCACUACUGCGUGUCGAGGAACAUGUUCAGAGAGACCCGCGGCUGCAAGCUGAAAGUGAUGCAUCCUGGGAACUACACGGUGAGGAUCCGGGCCACAUCGCUGGCUGGGAACGGAUCCUGGACCGAGCCCACAUACUUCUACGUCCAGGACCCAAGCGAUCCUCUCUAUGUUGUGAAGAUCGUCAUUGGCCCUGUCAUCUGCUUUGUCCUGCUGCUGUUUGUGGCCGUGGCGGGAUUCGUCAUGUUCAAGAAGAAUCAAACUCAAGGACCAAGUGGCCCCAUCUACGCUUCUUCAAACCCAGAGUAUCUCAGUGCUAAUGACGUGUACGAGGAGGACGAGUGGGAGGUGCCCAGGGAGAAGAUCAAUAUUUUGAGGGAGCUGGGUCAGGGCUCUUUCGGCAUGGUCUACGAGGGCAUCGCCAAGGACAUCAUCAAGGGCGAGUCAGAAACACACGUCGCGGUGAAGACUGUGAACGAGUCGGCCAGCCUGAGGGAGAGGAUCGAGUUCCUGAACGAGGCCUCGGUCAUGAAGGCGUUCAGCUGCCACCAUGUGGUGCGGCUGCUGGGUGUUGUGUCUAAGGGCCAGCCCACUCUGGUGGUGAUGGAGCUGAUGACCCACGGAGACCUGAAGAGCUACCUGCGCUCUCUGCGACCUGACGCUGAGAACAACCCUGGGCGUCCACCUCCCACUCUGAAGGAGAUGAUCCAGAUGGCUGCUGAGAUUGCAGACGGCAUGGCUUACCUUAACGCCAAGAAGUUUGUCCACAGGGACCUGGCUGCCAGGAACUGCAUGGUGGCUCACGACCUUACCGUCAAAAUAGGAGACUUUGGUAUGACAAGAGACAUCUACGAGACUGACUACUACAGAAAAGGUGGGAAGGGCCUUCUGCCCGUCAGGUGGAUGGCACCUGAGUCUCUGAAGGACGGAGUCUUCACUGCGCAUUCAGACUGCUGGUCAUUUGGGGUUGUGCUGUGGGAGAUCAGCACGCUGGCCGAGCAGCCGUACCAGGGCCUGUCCAACGAACAGGUCCUCAAGUUUGUCAUGGACGGAGGCUACCUGGACCGACCAGACAACUGCGCCGACAGACUACACAACCUGAUGCAGAUGUGUUGGCAGUACAACCCCAAGAUGCGUCCCACCUUCCAGGAGAUCAUCGAGAUGCUGCGUGAGGACCUGCAUCCCACUUUCCAGGAGGUCUCCUUCUUCUACAGUGAGGAGAACAAGCCACCCGAGAGCGAGGAUUUUGACCUGGACAUGGAAAACAUGGAGAGCAUCCCGCUGGACCCGUCGUCCUACUCCCAGAGGGAGCAGUGUUUGGACAGGGACGAGGCCUCCUCCAUGGGCCUGAGGGGCAGUUACGAGGAGCACCACAUCCCGUUCACACACAUGAACGGGGGAAAGACCAACGGACGAAUACUGGCCCUACCACGGUCCAGCCCCUCCUAACAUACCAUACACAUCCCGCGCAAAACGCAUCGAUGCUAUAGAUUUAAAUAUAUUUUUGUCUUUUGUUGUCAUUUUAUAUAGAUCACACUUUUAUCACACUCUCCUCAGACGCCCCUCAGUGCAUAUCUCAGGACCUUAUUUUUCUCCUCAGAUGCCACAAACACACACUACAGUAAGUCCAAGCACGGACGCCAGAAGACACUUUUUUGUAUUUAAGGAUGAAAUCUCCCACGUCUCUCUUGUUAAUGAUUGUAGUUUAUAUACUGUAUAUAUAUUGCCAAGUUUGUGCUAGACUGGGUGGAUGAUGGAUUCAACUGUGAAACAAACUCUUGACAAACAAGAAGGCUGCUAAACCCACUGUCCCCCCUCCUCCCUAAGUCCAGACUGUUUCCCUCUCCCCUCCCAUGCCACCCCCUCUUAAUUCAACAAAAGGGUUCAUCCCCGGGUUGCUACAUUUUGAGAAAAAAAAAGUGCCCUUCUAUUUUGUCUGUGGCCUACGAACGUACAUCAGUUGUCACAGAACUGUGUCUGAAUCUUUGUAGGCAAGUGGAUUACGAACUGAAAUUGAAAAGACUUUGGGAAUUCAGUGCUGGAUGGUCAAUGACGGUCCAUCCUCGAACAAACUCUUAUCCACUGGAGAAGCUGGUUGAAGUGGCUUACCUCCUCACACUCUGCAGUAUUCCAAAACGGCUCACAGGAUAAACACAGGACUUUUGUCGGGUUAUAUUUUUUUAAUUUAUUUACUUGUCUUUCUUUCUUUCUUUUUCUUUUUUCUUUUUUGAGUUUUCACAUUUACAGCUGAAGGAUAUUUAAACUGUUUUCAAAAACACGUUGGCGAACGAGUUCCUCAGAUUGACCAAUAGCUGCUUCUUUGGUAUAUUUUAGUGGGUCUAGAAGAUAAAAUAUAUAAAUAUAUAUAUAAAUAUAUUAUUGAUGUUUUUGUACAUAGCUGAUAUGUUGUCAUUCUUGAGGUAUUUCCGGUCAUAGAAAAUGUUUUUACAUGUUAGUCUCUUAUGUUUAUUUUUUCUAAUCCAGAAAAUCAUACUAAUUAUCUUUUUUGGACUCAUGAUCAACCAACAGCACUUGGUCUUUUUUGCUAUGCGAUGCCCAGGAGAAGAAGCAUUUUGGCGUCUUCAGCUUAAGAUGUCUGCCCAUCAUAUCGAGAUCAAAUAAAAUAGUGCUGUAAAUAAUGCAGCAAGGUGCAUUCAUGAA